AUGAAGGUCCCAGCUACCUUUGCAGGCUGGGCUUGUGCCUCCCUCUUCCUGACUUCCUGCUCAUCUGCCUUCUCCCAUGGGGCCAGUGCCGUGGCGUGUGAGGAUAUGCAGCCCAGACACAUCCAAGCCCAGCCCCAGCACUCCAGCUCCCACCACCUCACCAUCCACACCAGCAGGUCCUACUCACCAGGUGACAAGAUUCCAGUGACCGUGAGGAGCAGUCUGGAUUUCAUGGGGUUCCUGCUGCAGGCUCGGAGGGUGUCUGAUCAUCAGACGGCUGGCACUUUUGUCCUCAUUCCUCCUCGUUCCCAACUGAUCACUUGCUUUGAAGAGGCGGACGCAGUCACCCACUCUGACAAGUCCCCGAAGAGAAACCUCUCCUUCGUGUGGAAGGCCCCUGCUGAGCCUGUGGGGGACAUCAGGUUCCUUUUAUCAGUAGUCCAGUCGUAUUUUGUUUACUGGGCAAGGAUUGAAUCAGCUGUUGUGUCACAACAGACACUUAGCAGUGCCCUCUCUGAUGACCACCACCGCGCUGUGCUGGGGACGCUGGUGCCAACCCCUGGGCGAAGGCUGGAUGACUCUGAAGGGACAGCCACAGCUCCUCCAUGCCCCAUCACACUUUAGCGAUGGCACAAAGGUGUUGCUGUUGUUUUUACAGGAGCUUCAGAAGAGGGCAGUUCACAUCCUGUCCCUGCUAGUAUCGGGGUGACAAAGUUGCCUGGGGACACAGAGACUCUGUCCCAAUCACCGUCAUGUAUCGCUACUGCAAGCAGCGAUGGCCAGCAACCCAGGGGAGACAGCAAUCGAAUCCUAGAACCAUCCCUGGAUUUCCAUGGGCUGGAGCGGCUUGUGGCCCUCAAGAGGUUCUCCUCAGGGGGAUUUGCUUCCAGCCUGAGCAGCCACCAUAGGACUCAGGAUGAUCCAAGCUUUCAUUCCUUGGAAACGUGCCUGCCCUUGGAUAGGGAUGAACAGGAUGAGAUGACAGCCUCUAAUAGGUCACCAGUGAGGCUUGCUCUGUACACUGGCCACCUUACCCAGCCCCGAAGUCUCUGGUCUUCUGAAGCGUCCACUGGGAGGGGGGUGGGGGAAUCCAACACAACCCCUGACUUUCACAUCUCUAGUGCUUCCCAGCAUCAAGUGGCUGGUGGCCAGGCAUCAAGGCCCUCUGCCAAAUUUGUACCUGAGUCAGAGCACAGGGAUCCCAGAAUGGGGACAGGGGAGGGAGAAGGUGGUGUGGGACACCCUAGCAAGACUGUGAGGCCUGCAGUCGGGCAGGAGGGCGGCAGUGCCCCUUUGGGGAUCCAGCUCAGCACGCCGCAGCUGGGCACCUUACUCUGUCUGUCAGCCACCCUGGGCAUGGCCCUGGCUGCUGGCCUUUGCUACCUGCAUACUCAGCAUUGCCACAAGCGAACAGAAGUGUCCUUCAGUGAGCCAGCCUCGGAUGCCAUCGCCAGGAGCGACGGUGGGGAGACUGUUCACAUCAGGAAGAUUGGGGAGAACAGGUUUGUUUUGGUUCAAGCGGAAUACAACAGGGUCUCUCCUUCAGAGGUAGCAGGAAAGCAGUCCUCUGAAAGGACUCUUGUGGCGGGGCUCCCAGUGGCCUCCUUCCACUCUGCAGAGCGGCUCAGUCAAAACAGGACUAAUGAGAAUUCCUGA